CGCAACAGACCCACACUAACAAUAAAAUUGUCGUCGUGAUAACAAAAUAUUUACUUUCCUGCACAACAAAAUUUCACAUUCAGUCAGUCCACAAAAAUGGCCCAACAACAUAAAGUUCAUGGUUACGACGAUCUAAUAGAUUGUAUCAAUCGUAUAAAAAGUGAUAAUAAGCCGAUAAACAUUUACUUCACGGGCUCUAAAGAUGACACUGGAAAGAGUUGGUGCCCUGAUUGUGUCGAAGCUCUACCAUUUGUUGACAAGGCGUUGACUUCUUCUGAUCCGAAUACACAUUUUAUCUAUUGUGAUGUCGGUGAUAGGCCAUUCUGGAAGGAUAUGAAGAACGUAUUCCGACUUGAUAAGAAAACUCAUCUGUCCGUCAUACCAACGUUGAUCCGAUGGGAUGGUCCUCAACGCUUAGAAGGAGAACAGCUGCUGAAUCCUGAAUUACUUUCGAUGUUUUUCAGUGAAGAAUAAAUUUGAUUCAUGUGAUUGA